AGGAGCACAGCCAGGACCUCAUGCUGUAGGCACUCCGACCCACACCCAGAGGCCCUUUGCCUCUUACCCCGUCCCUCUCCCUCGCCAAACUCACACCUUAAGAAAAUGUAUACCAAGGACUCCUCGCCAACUUCCUUCUGGUGAAGCAUUAACGGAGGGUGUACGUCUGGAUUCCAGCUACACUUUCUCCAUACGGGCUGAACGACAAAGAAUCCACAGACACUGCUGCGGAGGCCCCAGGCGCCCACUGUGAUUCCCACCAGGGCUCCCUCUGUACCCAGCAAGUUGGUGUCCCUGCGGCCUUGGGUCUCGGGUUCACAUUCUCCUCCAUCCAGAGCAUGGGUUGACUCAGCUGUGGCAGACAGCAGAAGUCGGGCUGACAGGUGCCCCGAGAGGGACCAUGGUGCCAAGGCGAUUGUGGGGGAAACUGAAGCAGCCGUUUCUCUUCCUGAGCAGCGCCUCGCUUCUCCUGGGGCUGGCUUUACUGGUUAUACAACCUGAUGUUGCCCCUGUGGCUUAUUUUUUCCUCUGCUUGGCUGCCUUCUGCUUUUUUGCCUGCCUCCUGUCCUGUGUUGUGGACCGGGGCCUUCAAUCAAGACAGAGGUCAAGGCAGACCGAGACUCCAGAGGCCUCGGGCAACGCAAGGGACAAUGCAGCUUUUGAGGUGCCCACCUAUGAACAGGCCGUGGUGGCGAUGGACGCACCGUCACAGCACCGCGUCCAAGAGCUGGAGCAACCACCCCCUUACAGCAGCGUGGUAGCAGCCCCAGGCGCCGUCGAGGGGCCGCAGCCCAGCCAGCUAGACAGGCCCAGCCCGGGAAGCCCGAAACGGCAGAGGCGAGUAGGCUCAGAGGGGACAAUGACUCGCCGAGGAAACCCCGGGCGAGCUCUUCGACUCAGGGGUCCGCGAGUUGUGUCCACCGCUCCUGACCUGCAAAGUUUGAGGGUGGCCCCCAAGUCGGAGCCCACGACCCCACCCCCUGCCUACGAAAUCUCGUUCGCGUACCCUGAGGAUGACAACGUUUUCUACGAAGAUAAAUGGAUACUCCCCUAAGCGGUGCUCUCAGAACCUGUCACGUCCGCAGUCGCUGGCUGAGCGUUUCCUGGUGUCUGCUUAAUCGGAGACUGGCUUUGCCCAGGACAUCACACUUGGGGUCUUCAAGCCAGCGUGGCGUCGAGUCGGGCUACGGCGAGUGCUUCCCACUUGAGAUACAGGUGGCACAGCUGGAUUCUUCUGCAGGAACUCUUGGAGCCCUGCGUGGAUAACCAGCGUCUGCUAGAGUAAGGUGGACAACGACAAGAGAGGAACCGGAGCAGUAACCUCGGAGUGGCGGCUGUGUUUCGUCGAGCCUGGCUUGAGGUCCCUGGUAGGGUAUUGCUACCUACCAGGGUAAGGAGAGACUGACUCUAAGGGUGAGGGGGAGUAGUUUGCACGUCAACGGGGAUGCCGGUAAAAACAUAAAGAUAGCUCGAGUCAAACCCCA